CAUCGAAUUAAGAGGAUAAUCUUUGAAAGGGACUAUGGAUACUGCUCUCAAAGCCGACGAUCAGAUUUCGUUCUAGUUGAACUGGAAGAAAGUUUAAUUUACAGUCAUCGAAUCCAACCGAUUCAGCUCUACUGUGCUGCAGACCUCCCGAAUCAACUCGCCGCAUUAGGUUUUAACUUCCCCGGCCAACUCUAUGGUUUCCUCAACGAAGCAUUGGUGAAUGUGAGACGAGGUGAACAUCGUUAUCUCCAGGCUCUUAACCACGAUAUCCCAUCGGAUUCUGUCGGCCCAUUGGUUAGUGUCCACGGAAAAGGAAAGCGGCCUCAUCUUGUGGGUCUAUACUCCCAUCGCUAUGGUAAAACAAGUUUCUUCAAGUCUUUAGACCAUACCAGUUGCAACUGGAUUCGAAAGCGUAUUACCGAAGCGCAGAGAUAUGGAUAA